GAAAAACAACAUGGCUCCAUACCAACAGUUUGCGAUCGUUCUCGAUGAUGGAAAAACGUUUUAUCAGCCAGGAGAUGAGGUUAAAGGAAGGAUAUUUCUGAAAUUGAGUAAAUCUAUGACCAUCAGGAGUGUCAGCGUUGGUUUUCAUGGCGAAGGACAUGUAACUCAUUACAGCAAUCGCACUCAUUACGACUUCACCCAGCCAUACUUCCAUUACUACUCGGUCGUCUAUGAUUGCAACAACGAAAGUGCUCACCAACGACUGCAAGGCAAUUUCCCUCCAGGUGAGUUUUCGUUCCCAUUUGCCUUCAGACUGCCGCCUGUUAAUCUACCGUCGUCAUACCAUGAUGGCACUGGAUCUGUACGGUAUUGGCUUGAAUCAGUUAUUGAAAGAUCCAUAUGGGCUAAUGAAAAGACUGCUGUUGCUAUCCUUGUGAUGGAGCCAGUGGAUGUCAACAGUUUAGAAAUGCAGCAACCACAAAGCAAGGAAAAAGAAAUGCCUAUUUGCUGUUGUUGUGUGAAAGGUGGAAAGGUCAACGUAUCUGGUAAAAUCAACAAGAGAGGUUACUAUCCCGGUGAAAUCAUUGAGAGUAAAUUCUUCAUUGAAAAUGAGUCCAACAGGGAAGUGACUUACACUGAGUUUAUUCUCAAACAAAAGGUCACACAACAAUAUGCAAAAGGGGAAUAUUCUAAAAAACAGAAAACAAUCACAAUAGCUUCUGCUAAAGGGAUUGGUGUACCAGUUGGACAAGAAAAAGAAUUCAACAACUUCAGGCUGACAAUUCCUAAUGGCUUGCYGCCAAGCACCACCUUAGAGGACAGUAUCAUAUCAGUUACAUACUUUGUUGAGAUGAUUGCUCAUGUGAAAGGACAAUGCAUUUGUGCUGCAAAUAUUGAAAUCCCAGUCAUAAUCGGCUUCAUCUCUUCACCCUCAGGAUCUGUCUGGAGUCAGGAAGUGCUUCGAGCUAUUGCACAGCUUGUUAACAGUCAGUUGGAGCAGGAGAGACAGAGUGCUACUCAGGUGCAAGAGAUGGGGGCUGAUAAUCAUGUGCAACAUGAUGACCAGGAAAUGCUGGUACCACCAGCUCACGUUUAGCUGGUCAGUUUCCUAUAACAAAAAUAGGGCUGACCAGGAAAUGCUGGUGUAUUUGUUCUAUUCUUCGUAGUUGAUUACCAGGAUAUUAGCAUACGCAUAGGCUAGGUGAGCUUUUAGGUGUUACGUCAUGAUCAAUCAUACGGAAAAACGACUUCCUGUCCAUAACGGAAAGCCGUUCUGUAAAUAGUUUUCUUGAUUGUCCAUAGUUCUAACAAUAUCAGAUGAAGGUUAAAUCAUUGAGAAACAAUUAGCGAAUUGGGAUUUGAAAUGCGUCAAAACUCCAAACAACUUAAUGUACUGACACACGCCGCAAUAUUGCAUGCAACAUUGCACGCAACAGGAAUGUUACAGCGUGUGCCUACCCCAAACUUGUUGCACGCAACGUUGCAUGCAACAAAUCUGAAGUUGAAUCGCGCUCUACUCUGGCAGCAUUGCGCGCAAC